AUGACAAGCUCCCGGCCUUGGGAGCGUGAUCCCACUACUGAACCGCAAGAUCCCUUGGAAGUCACUCCACUUGGGACCCUGAUUUUACCUGAUCGAAAAAUCUUGGAAUCGGCCACAGACAGAUUUUUCGACUCUGUUCUCAGCUGUAUUUGGCCCUUGCCGGACCAAGUCCUUUUCCAGAAGACAAUGGACGUUGCCUAUGGCAAUCAAAACGAUAACCCAUCCCGAACACACACUGCUAGGAUCUGUGUAUGGACUACUUGGGCAUUUAUAUCAACCUUUCCAAAUAUUUCAACGGACUUGUCACCCAAGAAGCGAGGGGAGAUUGUCAAUUCCAUAAUGGCAUCGAUCAACUUGCUACAACAGCCGCACAUUGAGCUUCUAGAAUCCAUGUCAAUGCUUGUUGUUCUUCAUCUCAAUUCUGGAAAUAUCCAAUCAAGCAUUCUGUCCAAUACUGUUGCUGCACGGUUUGUCCUGUUGCUCGGAGCCAACACCAGAGAAUGCUUCAAGGCUGCCUGCAGAUUUGUCUCGCUGGGAAACGAACAGUGCCGGCGUGAAUAUCAUCUGCGCAAUCUGUUUUGGAUGUGUUAUAUCCAAGAUAAAGAACUAUGCCUUCGCUCAAACCAACCUCCUGCUUUAUCGGAAUAUAACUGUGAUCUCGAUCUGCCCGUUGACUACCAACGCAACUACAAUUCAUCGCCUUUGGACGGUAAUUGCAAAACCCCGGUCUUUGCGGGUGAUCUUCGACUCAAUCAACUUAAAUCCAAAGCAUACUGUGAUCUUUACUCUCGGCGCGCGUUGGAGAAGGAUGGGACAAGGAUUCUGCGUGAAAUUCGUCAACUGGAUGGCGAGCUGGAAGAGUGGCGCAUGAGCAUUCCGAUGAACCAUCGUCCAACCCUGCUAUUCUCGCAAGGCACAGGCUAUCGAUCUGAUAGCUUCAGUAUUCGAUCACUGAUGAUGCAUCUAGAAUAUUACUACUGCAUGUCAUACAUCCAUCAAGCUUGCGGUCGCUUUAGGCUCGUGGACGAAACACAAGAUCAAGAGAUUCAAGGAAUCAGCUCCAGCCUCUCUCUCGCAAUUGCCACCUGUCGCUCUUCGCUCUACUAUCUCCUAGAAGUCAAACAUGCGCUCUCUCCGGGUGAUUUCUGGCUGGUCCUGUUUUAUCCACUGUCGGCCGUUCUAACAAUAUUUUGCCACAUCAUCGCCCAUCCAUCUGCCCCUGAGGCGAGUAAAGAUUUGACUAUCAUACGCCAGAUCUCUGCCCAAGUGCGAGAGCUUGGCGAUCGCGAGGGCGAGGUAAGCGGACGCAGCCACAACACAGAUCGAGUAUGGAAAGUUGUUACAUCAUUGGAGGCUCUUGCAAAGAACGCCAUAGAAAAAGAUAUUCCGUGA